AUGUCGGGAGCUUGGUCCAGAGGAGCCAAUCCCAAGGUGAAUUCAGCACCUACCAGAGGUAGUUUUACCGUUGGCGAAGAUAAUAACAGCGGUCGCGGUGGAGGCGGCGGUGGUCGUCGAAGCAGCGGAGGCGGUGGCGGUCGUCGAAGCAGUAACAACAACAAUCGUCGAGGCAGCUACAACAAUGAUGGUGACAACAAUAACAACAAUAACAAUAAUGGACGUGGAGGAAGAGGUGGUCGUGGUGGCCGGGGACGCGGACGUGGAGGCCGAGGCAACAACGACAGGGGAAACUCUCAACGAAUUUAUCACAAGGAUAUUCAGUUGCUGACUGCAACCGGACUUGGACAAACCAAGGAGCAACGAAGUGUGAAGCGCAUCAACAAUAGAGAUUUCAUGCGCUUUCGCUUGGAAUACUUGGAACCCUCGGAAAGCAUUCCUUUCACCCCCCACGAACAGUGCCACUGGGUCGAUGAAGACCGUGAGGAAAUUAUCCGACUCUCCUCCUUGAAGGCCAUGGAAUUGGGAGAUGUGUCCAAGAAUCGCCCUGAUAAGGCACCUGCCCUGGAGGACGUUGCUCCAUUGGAAGUUAAUGAGGAGACAAGGUGGAAGCCCAAGGCCAUGAAAGAAAACAGAGGCCUACUAGAUGAGGUGGAAGAAGCACCACCAGAAACGACAGAAGAUAUAGUUGCCAAGACCAGAUUGAUCCUGAACAAGGUCUCUUACACUACUUUGGAUCGUAUGACAGAUCAUUUUAUCGAAACCGCCCAAAUUGAAACCAACGAGGAGGUCCGCAAGGUUGUCAUUCACUUGCUAAUUCAGAAGUCUCAAAGGGAGCAUCACUUUGGACCAUUGUACGCUAAUUUGUGCAGUAACAUUGCUAAGAAAUUCAAACCCUUCAAGAAGGAACUCUUGACGCAAUGCCAACAUGAAUUCGAUCAGGAUACUUCUGAAAAGAUUGCCGAUGCCACAAAGGGAAUGACUGAUAAGGAUGAGAUUGAAUAUCACACUUUGUUGAUUCGUAAGGGUUACUUGGGACAUAUGAAGUUCUUGGGAGAACUAUACAAGCGUGAUGUCGUCAAGCUCGCCAUUAUGAUGUACUGUUUGGACGAGUUACUCAAGUUGGAAGAUAACGAGGAUGCCAUGGAGUGCUUUGCCGAACUAAUGACCACAAUGGGAGCCAAGUUGGAUGGUCAUGCCAAGAAGAACAACAAACCAUUCGAUUGGGACCGAGUGGUUAACCUCCGAAAAUCGACCAAGCUUUCGAAUCGUAUCAAGUUUUUGUUGCAGGAUCUUUUGGAUUUGAAGAACAAUGAUUGGGUGCCCAGACGCAAAAAGGAAGCUGCUGUCGACUUGAAGGACUUGCACAAGGAUAUUGCCAAAGAAGAAAAGGGUGGCUCUGGCUCGAACAAGCAGAAUAACCGCCGUUCUAGCGCCAGUCAAGCAGCCUCGAGUCUCCGAAGAACGCAGAGUGUCAGCAGUGUUCCUGUUGUAGACGAUGAUGGAUUUGUGGAGAUCAAUCGUGCAUCCAUCCGUAAGGUAUCCAGCAAGGUUGAAAUACUGCAGCCUGAAAAGGACGAGGAUACUCCAGCCAUGGCCAAAAAGGCUGAAAUGCGACGAACGCAGAGUCAGCCAGCCAACAUGAAGCAAGUUGAACCCGGCUCCCCUAUCAAAGGCAAAAAGCCUCUGUCACCGGAUGAGUGCGGCGAGAAGGCCAAGAAUCUGCUCAAGGAAUUUUUUGUUGGUGGAGAUCUCGACGAUGCUGUUCUCACUGUGGACGAAAUCGUCCAAGUGAAAACCGCUGGAGAUGUCGAACGUGGUACCAAGGUAGUCGAAAGCAGCGUCUUUUUGGUUAUGGAAAUGAAAAAGGAAGAAGCUACCAAGUGCGCCAGUGUCUUGUGCCGUGCUUUCAAGGAAGGCAAGAUUCCUGCCGACUCGUUCAGCAAGGGCUUCUCCGAUCCUUUGGAAUUCUUGAACGAUGUGGAGAUUGACGCACCUUUGGCGGGCAGUCAUUUGGCUCACAUUGUAUCCGAAGCCAUCAAGGUGAAUGCUUUGGAAUUAGACCCUUUGCUGGACAGUGCUCCUCAAGACUUUAAGGAAUUUGGCAAACCAGCUGUCUUUUGCGCCAAGGUACUCAAGGCUCUUGGGAAGAACACGGAUGCUGAUAUUGAUAAGAUUGGCAAUCUCAUGACCGACUUUGAGAAGACAAAAUACGAGACCGCCAAGAAACUAUACGAAACUAUUUAA